CGCGCGAGGCGGCGGCGGGCCGGCUCAGUCAUAUGACCGGCAGCCGGCGGCCCCGGCGCCGAGCAGAGUUACUCAGCCGCAGCGGCCCCGCGCUCCCGCAAGGCUGGGCGGCCGCGCCGCCGCGAUGGCCCCGCCACCGCGGCCGCCGCCCCCGGCUGCGCGCUGAGCCGCCGGCCCCCCGAGCGCCACGGCCGGAGCUGCGGCGGCGGCGGCGGCGGCGGCAUCAUGGCCCCGACGCUGCUCCAGAAGCUCUUCAACAAAAGGGGCAGCGGCGGCAGCUCCGCGGCGGCGUCUGCCCAGGGCAGGGCUCCUAAGGAAGGACCCGCCUUUAGUUGGUCAUGUUCGGAGUUUGACCUGAAUGAGAUUCGCCUGAUAGUUUACCAGGACUGUGAAAGGAGAGGCAGACAAGUCUUGUUUGACUCUAAAGCUGUUCAAAAGAUUGAAGAGGUGACAGCUCAGAAAACAGAAGAUAUCCCUAUUAAAAUAUCAGCCAAGUGCUGCCAGGGGAGCAGCAGUGUCAGCAGCAGCGUCAGCAGCAGCAGCAGCAGCCUCAUCUCUUCCCACAGUUCUUCCGGGGGAUCUUCACACCAUGUGAAGGAGCCGCUUCCAAAGUACCAGUACACAAGACCAGCUUCUGAUGUCAACAUGUUGGGGGAAAUGAUGUUUGGCUCAGUUGCAAUGAGUUACAAAGGCUCCACCUUAAAGAUACACUACAUCCGUUCUCCUCCACAACUGAUGAUUAGUAAAGUCUUCUCUGCUAGAAUGGGCAGCUUCUGUGGAAGUACAAAUAACUUGCAAGACAGCUUUGAGUACAUCAACCAAGAUCCUAAUUUGGGAAAACUGAACACAAAUCAGAAUAGUUUGGGUCCUUGUCGUACUGCAAGUAACCUAGGUCUGCUGCAAGCAUGCAGCAGCAAACUGCUGCAGGGGGUAGCUGAAGGAGGACCUCUCCGGCUCACCCGGAGUGCUUCUUUCUUUGCAGCACACAGCACACCAGUUGAUAUGGAUAUGCCAAGCAGAGGACAGAAUGAAGACAGGGACAGUGGCAUUGCUCGAUCAGCCUCACUAAGCAGUCUUUUGAUCACACCUUUCCCAUCUCCAAGCUCCUCUACAUCUUCUUCCAGCAGUUACCAGCGCCGCUGGCUUCGAAGUCAGACAACAAGUUUGGAAAAUGGCAUCUUUCCAAGGAGGUCGACUGAUGAGACAUUCAGCUUGGCUGAAGAAACCUGUAGUUCUAAUCCAGCUAUGGUUAGGAGGAAGAAAAUUGCUAUAAGUAUCAUCUUUUCCCUAUGUGAGAAAGAAGAAGCACAAGGGAAUUUCCAGGACUUCUUUUUUUCCCAUUUUCCCCUGUUUGAAUCUCACAUGAACAGGCUGAAGAGUGCAAUUGAAAAGGCUAUGAUCUCCUGUAGGAAAAUAGCAGAAUCAAGCCUCCGAGUCCAGUUUUACGUCAGCCGAUUGAUGGAAGCUCUGGGAGAAUUCAGAGGAACUAUCUGGAACUUAUAUUCUGUUCCAAGGAUAGCUGAACCGGUAUGGCUUACCAUGAUGUCCAGCACUUUGGAAAAAAACCAGCUCUGCCAGCGCUUCCUCAAGGAGUUUACCCUUCUGAUAGAACAGAUCAAUAAAAACCAGUUUUUUGCUGCCUUACUGACUGCGGUGUUAACCUACCACCUGGCCUGGGUCCCAACGGUCAUGCCUGUGGAUCACCCUCCCAUUAAAGCCUUCUCAGAGAAACGUACCUCCCAGUCAGUGAACAUGCUGGCCAAAACACAUCCAUAUAAUCCUCUCUGGGCACAGCUGGGUGAUCUUUACGGAGCCAUAGGCUCUCCAGUGAGACUGACUCGCACCGUGGUGGUAGGGAAGCAGAAGGACUUGGUCCAGCGAAUACUUUAUGUCCUGACCUACUUUCUCCGUUGCUCUGAGCUACAAGAAAACCAGCUGACCUGGAGUGGCAAUCACGGUGAAGGUGACCAAGUUUUAAACGGGAGCAAGAUCAUGACAGCCUUGGAGAAAGGAGAGGUGGAGGAGUCUGAGUAUGUGGUCGUUACGGUGAGGAACGAGCCUGCUCUUGUACCUCCCAUCCUACCACCAACAGCAGCAGAAAGACAGAACCCCUGGCCGGCAGAGUUUCCUGAGAGCCCAGAGGGCACUGACAGUAGAGACCCGAGUCUUAAACCUGACAAAGAAGCUCACAGGAGGCCGGAGCAGGGUUCUGAGGCUUGUAGCACAGGGUACCAGGAGCCAGCAUCGGAUGGCUCCUGGAAACCUCAGAAUGGCUUUUGUGGGGAUGAAAAAAAUAAAGAGGCACCACAAGAUGGCUCUUCAAGACUUUCCAGCUGUGCAGCUCUGGGGGCAGGAAUGAAGCUGGACCAGCAAGCUGUCUGUGAGCUGUGUAAAGUGGAGAUGCCUAAGAGACUGCCAGACCGGUCAGUGGCCUGGCCUUGCCCUGACAGACAUCUCCGGGAGAAACCUCCCUUAGAAAAGGUCACUUUCCAGAUCGGGAGCUCCACAUCUCCAGAGUCUGACUUGGAAAGCCGCAUGAAAAAAAUGGAGGAACGGAUGAAGGCCUGUGACCCCUCGCUGGAGGCCAGGGCGGCCACUGAUGUGGCUCAGGACCCGCAGGUUUCUGGGAGCCCUUUCAACCCUGGCUUUCAAGAGAGCGUCUGCUGCCCUCAGAAUCAGCCUUUGGAGGGGGAUGAAGGCGAGUCUGACAAAGGUUUUGCAGAGGACAGGGGCAGCAGAAACGAAGCGGCGGCACAUGCUGCAGGGCAGCUCAGCCACGCUGCCAACUCGGACGCAGCCCCUGCCACUGUGGCAGGAACCGGAGGGAGGAGGCUGGAGGCAGCUAGAGGUUUGUAUGUGAAGGCUGCGGAAGGACCUGUGCUGGAGCCUGUUGCCCCCAGGUGUGUCCAGCGGGGCCCUGGCCUCGCGGCUGCUGCAAAUAUCCCCUGUGGGGAUGCCAACAAGAAGGCCAACUUCAGGACUGAAGGAGACAUUCCCCGAAAUGAAAGCUCGGAUAGCGCCCUGGGAGACAGUGACGACGAAGCCUGCGCUUCCGCCACGCUGGACCUGGGUCCCGGUGCUGACAGGACUGGGGGGUCCUCGGAAGUGGAGCUGCCUCUGCCAAGGUCUCAGAGCGUCAGCACUCAGAAUGUAAGGAACUUUGGCCGCUCCCUUCUGGCGGGCUACUGCCCCACAUACAUGCCCGAUCUUGUGCUUCACGGGACCAGCAGUGACGAGAAGCUGAAACAGUGCCUGGUGGCCGACCUCGUCCACACAGUCCACCAUCCAGUGUUGGAUGAGCCAAUAGCCGAAGCCAUCUGUAUUAUCGCAGACACGGAUAAAUGGAGUGUGCAGGUAGCUACAAGUCAGAGGAAAGUGACGGACAACAUGAAACUAGGCCAGGAUGUCCUGGUCUCUAGUCAGGUGUCCAGUUUGCUUCAGUCCAUCUUACAGCUCUACAAGCUUCACCUCCCUGCUGAUUUUUGCAUCAUGCAUCUUGAAGACAGACUACAGGAGAUGUACCUUAAAAGCAAAAUGCUGUCUGAAUAUCUCCGGGGACACACGCGAGUCCAUGUGAAAGAAUUAGGUGUCGUACUGGGGAUUGAAUCCAACGACCUGCCUCUGUUGACUGCUAUUGCCAGUACUCAUUCUCCUUAUGUGGCUCAAAUACUCUUAUAAGCUAAAGCUCAGGAUAGUUCUUCCUUGGAAGAAAAAAAUCAAAUUCUCAACGGAAGGAGAAAGGAAUAAGCUCUCUGUGAUGUCAAAAGCAUGAGAAGAGCAAACAGAAACAGUCAUUCCACCUUUCUGUUUUGUGUUUUUGCUGUCAAGCUGAUGCUUCAUUGAAGACUUAGGUUUACUUGACAUAAUGGCAUUUGUGAUUGUCUUGAACACUUCAGGCCAUUUGUUACCCAUGAAUCAACAAAGAGACCUUUUUGGUAGAAGGAAACAUAAGCACUACACUAAACACUAAGCUAUUGGGACAGAUUGCCUUGUGCUGUUUGGGCAGAAUAAGGACAAGUGACUUGAGCGGGGAGGUCGACAGUGUACAUAACAUUCCAGUAGGAAACUGCUUCCAGGUUUGAGCAUGAGCUCCCCAAACUGGAGAAAACAUACUUUGCUAUUCUUAGACGUCAGUCAGAACACAGACUUUGGAUUCCAGGUCAGAGUUUGCCUUUUACACAAGGUGAAAUGAAGAAAGCCACACUGUGCCAUCUUCAGCUCCAGUGGCGGUAGCAGUGACUAUUUGACAUAAAACAUGUAAAAGAAUUGCCUGUUGGGAAGAGUGCUUUAGGGACCCACUGUUUUCAUUUCUUCUUGGAGUUUACCUUGUUUCAGAUGCAGCCACAGGUAGGUCAGAGAUGGAUUGUUGGUGCAAUAAACCCAAGAAUCAAUGUAGCCUCUUAAUCCCAUCAGAUGUAGUUUGUAGCAGCAAAGUGUACAGUCUGAGACCACAUGUUUUAUCCUUAUAUUUUAGAGCUUUCAGCAGCCUUUUUAAGAGAGGCCGUUUACCAAAGUUAUUUCUAUAAGCUCAAGAGUGUUUCUGUUGGUAAGUUCUUCCAGCUGAAGCCACUUUUUUCUUAUAGCUAAUACAAAUAACUAUUUACACUUUAAAAGGCACAGCUGUCCUGGUGGGAAAGGAAACCUGCAACAGUUCAGGAUGACUAAUGAAAGCAAUUAGCUUGAACAUGUAGAAAAAAUCCAUAUAUGAUCUCAAUUUUUACAUUAUCAUUUCUGUGCCUUCUAAUUCCUACAUCCUUUUCAAAACAUUUUUCCAGAAAUUAACUUACCCAUUGUAUAAAACCUACCAAAAUGAAUUAUUUCCCAAAA